GAGAAACCUAGCAGUGUAAUAAAGAGCCUGAAGCUUUCACUUUCAAACAGAUCACUGAAGCUGAUUUUGAUGCCCCGUCUGUGGAGUUGAAUUUUCUGACUGGAAUCAGAGAUGGAGAAGCAGAAAAUAUUCCACUUACUUCAAAAAUACAGACUGGAAAAGUUCUACUGCAAAUUUGUUGAGCUGGGAGUUGAAACUGAAGAGGACUUCUUGGACAGCAUCACUGAAAAAAACCUGGAAGAUAUGGGGUUCAGUCAAGUUGAGAAAAACAGGUUCAGUCAAUUGACAGAGUUCAUUAAAAGACUUGGCACAGCAACAGGAUUUCAGGUGAUGAAAUCACUUCAAGUGUAUCAGGUGUAUUACACAUUCCCAGGAUGUCAAGAGUACAGGGAAAUCACAGGAAUGGACCCUAACCAGAACACUGUGGAGGAUCUCAUGCUGAGGAUUUGCCAUCAGGAGAACGUGAUGGGUACUCCGAUGUCUGUGUGUUUAUUCACUGCUGAAGGAGUUCCGCUGACUGAUGAUCCUUUUUUUAACACAUGGUCACUGAAGGACAGGCAUAUUGAUAGUGGAAGCAAACUGUAUGCCAUAUUUACACCAAAAGAGAACCUGAGAGAUUCUCCUCAAUGCCCAAGGCAAAAUGACAUUAGAAAUGAUGGACCAGAUAUUAUUCGCUGCCACAUUAUGCUAAAGAGGAAUUAUGAAAUCAGAGUGGACCUGGAGGAAAAUACUUUGGCUGACCUGAGAACGAGACUUUCACUGGAAAGUGGAAUACCUGCACAUGUGUUGUACCCCAAAGAUGAUAAUUACAGCAAUUAUGGUGAGACACUAAAAGAUCUUGGAAUCUCUGAAGAUGAAACAGUGCAUUUCAUCUUGUCCACAUUUCAUGAUUUAUCGUCAUCUUUGAACGAGAUCUUCCACAGUAAUGUUAAACCUUCAGUUCCACAAUCACAGAAGGGCCUAAGCAUCUUCUUCUCAACACUGCAAGCCAUUGCAAUAAGACACAGUGGAGAUGAGUUCAAGAAAGUGGUUGCAUAUAUUCGAAAACUGAGUGGAUGUAAUGCUCUGGCUCAAAGUCUGUACCAGCUCAUCUGUAAAGCUACAACUAUCACCCACGUCCAAAAGAUUGCAGCUGUGGAAGGGCUGUACUUCCUCUUCAGGGAAAUGUUGCCGAGCCCUACAAAACGUUAUGGGGAGAAGAUCAUUGAAGAUGAGGAUGUUUUUGAACAUGCAGCUGUUUGCUGGGCCUACCUUUUAUCAGAGGGGGGGCAUGAGAGCUCAGAGCAUGAAAUCUAUGCUCCAAUAUCUCUGAAGGCUCAGUCAACAGGCCGACGUUUCUCUGAGCCAGUACGAGUACCAGGAGUGCCUGAGGUUUUUGACAGGGAGUAUGUUCUGGAGAAGAUAAAAGAUGGUGAGAAAAUCCCCAACUGCACUGAGGAGAACCUUAGAGAGGCAUCACUUCAAAGAGCAACUGAUAUUGAGAAGAUUUUGCUGAGUCUGCCACCAUCAACUAAUACUUUUCCACUUUGGGUUUCAUAUGAUGCUACCCAACCUAGUUCCACUUUUAGAAUAUAUCCACAGAAAACAUAUGCCCAGAUGAAUGAAGAACUUGCAGUGUACCCCCACAUAAGUGUAACUCCACCAUUACAACUACGAGGUCUGGGUGUUGAGGGGCCACUGCUGGUGUACCUCAGUGAAGACAAUCUCGGCAUGUACAUCGGUAAAGACAAAGCUACCCCUCAAAACAUUAAGGUGUUUGAUUGUCUUGCUGGGAAAGAGGUCGUUGUCAAUGUUGAUGAGUUGGCUAAUAAGCUGAGAGAUAUAACAGCUGACCUCACUUUCAGAGUGACCAAAACACCAAAAGAAGCAAUAGUGGUGCUCUUUGAUUCAAGUUCCUCGAUGAGUGAGGAAUGUUUCGACGCACAGUGCCAGAUGAAACGAAUUGAUGCUAUUAAACAAAUGUUUGACAGCUUCUCAAACCGAUGCAUGAGUUAUAAUUUUGACCACGUGAUCUGUCUGGUCAAAUUUGACUCUAAAGUAAAAACUCUUCAUAUCUUCACAGAAAAUAUGGAAACCUUUAAGGAAUAUGUUCAUGGUCUUCAGGCAUCUGGCAGGACUUUACUGUAUGAUGCCUUGAAUCAUGGAAGUGAAGAACUUGCUAAGGUCAAAGCAAGAUUUCCAGACUGCAGAUGCCGCAUUCUGUGUUUGACUGAUGGCAAUGAUAUUGGGUCAAGCUGCACGCCAGUUGAUGUUGCCAAAAAACUGAUGACCUCAAACAUCGUUGUUGAUGCUGUGAUUGUUGGUAAGGUGGACAACACAGUGUUGCAUGGAAUCAGCAAUGUCACAGGAGGAUGUUGUUUCAAGCCUGAGACAAGUAAAGCAGCUAUGAAACUUUUUGAGAUGGAAACAGUUUUGUCCAUGGAACUGAGAAAGGAAAAACAAAAGUUUGAUGUAUCUUCCAUUACUAACCAGGGUGGUCUGAAGAAGAUCUUUCAGACUCAUCCAUAUGAUGAGAAACCACAGACAAAACUCCCCCCACAGAUCAACAAUAAAGUGACAGUCACUCAGAAUGUACUGAAAAAGAAGAUCAUGGAAUCCAAAUCUGGUCGCUUUAUGGAGAAAGACAAACGGAUUUUGGAAGAGCUUAAGAGUCUUCAUUGUGACCCCCAUCCAUACUGUAACGUUCUCCCUUCUGAGUCUGAUAUCAACUUCUGGAAGAUUCUGUUGCAAGGUCCCCCUGAAACACCUUACGAGAAUGGUGUUUUUGAACUGUAUUGUGAGUUUGGUCCUGACUACCCUGUGAAGCCACCACUUCUGAAAUUCAUCACAGCUAUUUACCACUGCAAUGUAAACAGUGUGGGACGAAUCUGCCACAACAUAUUUGAUCGUAACUACUCAGCCCAAAUCACCAUGCGAGAGAUUCUGGAUGCUGUAUUUGGGCUCCUGAUAGCUCCAGAGCCAGAGGAUCCCUUAGACAGCAUCCUGGCAGAAGAAUUUAUGACCAGCAAGACAAAAUAUGAAGAAGAAGCUCGAAAAAACACAGAAAACAAUGCAAUUCCAUCAAUGGAUGAAGUAGAAAAGAAAUACGUUCCAGAAAUCUCUGAGAUAGACAUACCUCCUAAUCUGAAAUGCUCACUGACAAAGAAACUGUUUGUGGAUCCAGUGAGGACAAAAGAAGGAUAUACAUAUGAGCGCAAAGCUAUUGAGAAGCAUCUGAAGGGGUCUUCCUUUGAUCCCCUGACAAACAAAAGUCUCAGCCAAAAAGACUUAAAAGAAGACAAAGAAAUGAAGAAAGCUGUACAGCAGUUCCGGCGAUCCCAGAUUCAGGAAACUACUGUCUGAAGAACUGCAGAUAGAGGAGGCACCUUAAUCAGAGAAAUAUCUUUUUUAAUCAAGGCUUCUAUGUUUAUUAAAACUUAAUCAAGCAAUAAGAAUUUUCUUUCAUAAUUAAUAUUCAAAGAAAGACAGUGACUUUUGUGUUCCGGUGCGAUGUAGAAGAGUAGGGUGCCAUUGAUUUUAGUGAUAUGAUGUUGUAAAACAGACUAUUAUAGUGAGUUUAACUUCACAGCUUACAGAUAUUACUGAGGUGAUGACAUCAUUACAUAACUGCAGGGCUAAUAUAGCCAUGUAUGGGUAAGAAUUCUUUUUAAAGGAGAAGACACACACACUCCAUUAGUAAAUGGGCACAGAUUAAAACAUAAGUCUAUAUAGACAAAUAAUUAUUCUGUUUCUGUGUUCACAUCAGUACAAUUUUGCACUUAUAACAGGUUUACAAUGCUUUUGGAGAUAUCUCAAAUUAUCAUUCAGAGCUGUACGGAUCUGAAGAUCAAGGUAAUUACUAAUGUGUAACUGUUAAAUUACACUUAACCAGCCAUUUAAUUGUACAUGGACUUUCGUGAAAUAUUCUGAGGUUGUACUCAUAUUAAUCUCAAGCACAAACAAUAAAAUACAGUUGUUCUAAUUGUUCAUUUACAGUUAAUUGUACUUGUCAAUACAUCAGAAUUUCUAAUUUGAUACGCAAAUAAACUGCUGAACAAAGAGUAGGUACAUGGUUUAGGACAUGGAAAUAAUUCCUACUAUAACAGUAGUUAUCGGUCUCUGAUCAUAUCUGAAUCAUGUAUUGGAUCUUUAUUUAUGUGCUUGUUACAUUGUUCCUUACAUUGUAAUAAGGACUGAAGUUGAUUAGUUAAACUAUGACAUAUUCUUAAAUUCAGUGUCAUUUAAUGCAUUGUAUGUUUUUCCAGAGAUCUCUUUAUCAUACCUAAUGAAAUAACUAAUUUUUUACAGAAUUUGUUAUGCUGUUGUUGAGACUAGAAAAGAGUGGCUGAAGGGAUUUGAUGGUAGUUUCUACAUUUUAUAAUAUAUAUCAUUCCACUUAUUUACAUGAUAUGUACUGAGGAUUAUCUUUAUGCAGGUUUCCUAUGAACUCAGGUUAGAUAUUCUUUUUAAUAAUGAAUUUGGUAGCACUGUUUGGUGUA